AUGGAGAAAUUGCAACGAGUUGGGAGGUUUCUGGCACCCAAAGCCAAAGCAGGUGCCGAUGGACGCGAUGAAUGGGGAUCGCGAACCCAAUUCGUUCUUGCAUCUAUGGGUGGUGCAAUCGGAUUGGGAAACAUUCUUCGAUACCCAGGACAAGUCUUCAACAAUCACGGCGGACAGUGGUUCAUCCCCUACUUGAUGGCGCUGUGUUUCCUUGGGAUACCCAUUCUCUGGCUUGAAGUCGCCAUUGGCCAAGCAUACCGAGGUGGCUGUGCCAUUGCAUAUGAUCACAUCAACAAGCGUGCUAAAGGUGUCGGUGUCGCGGUGGUCUACACCGGCUACUGCAUCGUGCUCUACUAUGUACCCCUUCUCGGCUGGGUCAUGCGGUAUUUCCGAAACUCGUUCCGCAGUCCUCUGCCUUGGGAAGGGAGGCUUCAGGAGUUUUACAUGGAUGAGGUGGUUGCCAACCAGGCGCCUAUUGCCCCAGAAAAUGGAGGCUGGGUUCAAUAUCCUGGCACCGGAAUGGUCGGCGAAACCACUGGCUGGGUUGUCUUCACAUGGUUCAUCAUCUUCUGUUGUAUGUUCCGUGGCGUGGGACUUCUCGGACGAGUUGUAUAUUUUACCAUGGGACUGCCUGUUGUGACCGGUAUUAUACUCAUCGGCCGGGGGGCUUCUUUGAGUAAUUCUUGGGCUGGGAUUCGACUCUACAUCGGCACAUGGAACGGUGAGAAACUGGCCCAAGGGGACAUCUGGCAGGCUGCUUGCGGUCAUAUCUUCUUCUCCAUCGGCGUCGCUAUGGGCUACUUCACGUCUUACGCGUCCUACAAACCGAAAUUUGCCAAUUGUGUUCAAGACGGCAUUAUCAUCGCCGUAUGUAACUCUCUUUAUGAGGUUCUUGUUGCCUUCGCGGUGUUUGGAGUCAUUGGGAACAUCGGUCUUUUUCCAAGUGAAGAGACCAGGCAAUCGACAUUCUCUAUCGCUUUCGUCACACUUCCGGCAGCGCUGGCGGAAAUGCCUGGAGCACAAUUCUGGUCGGUACUCUUCUUCUUCACACUGAUGGUCCUUGGUAUUAGCUCGGCAUUCGCCCUAUUAGAGUCAGUUGUGACACUCGUCAAAGACACAGAUUGGGGUGCAAGGAUUCCACGAUCGGCUGUCGCUUCGGCUGCUGUGAUUAUUUCAUGCCUGCUCUCUUUCAUGUUCUGUACCGAGUUUGGCUUCUACCUACUGGACGCAGUGGACACAUGGACCAAUUUCAUGUCUCUGUUCUUCGUCGCGUGGUCAGAAUGCGUGUUCAGUACCUCGAUCUACCGUCACAAGGAUGUUGUUGGUCAAGUUGGCUGGCCCGCCUACCUGGUUUACAACUCUGGCUAUUUUGGUGGUCAAAUCUUUGGACUGGUAGUUGGCCAUCUAGUUGGCCCUUCUGCCGGAGCAGGACUCGGUUUUGGCCUGUUCAUUGUGGGCACCAUUGUUGCGGUACUGGUAAGCAGAACUCCAGAUGCGGAGACACCCCGUUUCUGGGGCAAGAGUGUCUUCCUUCGUCGCUUUUGGUGGCUAGUGUUUUAUUCGGGCAACCAAUUGACACGCGACUUGAACGUGACUAUCGCAGUCGAUAAGAAUUGGCCACUUCCAUCUUUCUGGGCACCAGUCCUACGAUACGUUUCGGCACCCAUCCUCGCGAUCCUCACCAGUUUCGCCUACCCCUCCUUCAACAGAGUCAAAAACGACCCCUUGCACAUCUAUGGAUUCUGCGUCGGACACGUCGUCAUGCUUCUCGUGGUCCUCGGCUUAAUCCUUCCUCGAUCAUUCGACGUCUUCGUUCCAAAAGCCCGUCGUGGCGAGGGUGAAUUACCAUACGCACCCAGUGUACUCGUUGGGGAAGGCGACAUGCGAACUACGCGUGGCCUGGAAGAUGGUUUCGAUGAAUACUCGCAUGAGCAGCCAAACUCGAAAGCCGUGGGAGAAGACAGAAUCGGCCAUGAUGAUAGCUCCAGGGAGGGACGUGAGUCUCUCGAGAGAGGUCGCAGAGCUCAGGCCGACACCUUUCCCGAAUCGAAAGGGAGGUACUAG